CACUACGUUCACACUCCAACGCCAACGCCAACCGUUCCUCUUAGUGCUCUCCACCCACCCUGCUUUGCCUAAGUAGCCUCUUCUUCCCAAAAGUCUAUUUUCAAUCCCCACUUCCAUUAUUCCUCUCUCUCUCUCUCUCAAUCAAAGCCCAAUUCACAUUUCACUCAAAAUGUCCAAAUUUCUCCUCUUUGUCCUUCACUUGAUUGUCUUCAUCUCCAGAAGUUUCCCUGUUUUUGCUUUCACUUCACCACAAGACAUGUCUGCUCUCAAGGCCUUUAAAGCUUCGAUCAAGCCAAGUUCUAUCCCUUCAUGGUCCUGUCUUGCCUCCUGGGACUUCUCCACCGACCCAUGUGCUUUACCUCGCCGGACACACUUCACCUGCGGCAUCACCUGCUCCUCGGAUUCAACCCGAGUCACCCAACUCACUCUUGAUCCUGUUGGCUACUCUGGUCAAUUAACCCCACUUGUUUCUCAACUCAGUAAUCUUACUAUUCUUGACCUCUCUGAUAACAAUUUCUUUGGUCCUAUUCCAUCUUCUGUUUCCUCUCUUUUCAACCUCCAGACCUUGAUUCUCCGUUUCAACUCGUUCUCUGGCGCACUCCCUGACUCGAUCACCAACCUUAAAUCGCUUGAAGCUUUGGAUAUUUCACAUAAUUCUCUGUCUGGGUAUCUCCCAAAAGCCAUGAAUUCAAUGUCUAGUUUAAGGAGACUCGAUCUUAGCUACAAUAAGCUGACUGGGUAUUUACCGAAACUACCUCCCAACUUGCUAGAACUGGCUAUGAAGAGCAAUUCUUUAUCUGGGUCAUUAUCAAGAUGGUCCUUUGACGGAUCAACUCAGCUGGAAGUGGUGGAACUCAGCGAGAACUCGCUAACCGGAGCAGUAGGAUCGUGGUUCCUUGCUUUGCCUGCGCUUCAACAGGUGAAUUUAGCAAACAAUAGUCUGACACGCAUCGAGAUCUCCAAGCCUGUAAAUGGUAACAGUGACCUGGUGGCGAUUGAUCUCGGGUUCAACAGAAUCGAGGGAAACGCCCCCGUGAAUUUCUCUGCUUAUCCGCUGUUGACGUCUUUGUCACUGAGAUACAAUCGGCUACGUGGCACGAUCCCAUUGGAAUACGGUCAGAAGAAGAAUUUAAGGAGGCUGUUCUUGGACGGUAAUUUCUUGAUUGGGAAGCCGCCAUCGGGUUUUUUCGCCGGAGAGGCGUCGGUCACCGGUAGCUUGGGGGAUAAUUGUUUGCAAGAAUGUCCAGGUUCGUCUCAGCUGUGUACUCCUUCACAGAAGCCUAGUUCUAUAUGCAAGCAAGCUUACGGUGGAAGAGGCAAGCCAAGCUUCUAGUCUGUCAGAUUUUCCUUUUUUCUUGUUUUUUUUAGAACUAUAAUUAAAAAGCUUGUAGUUUAAAGACUAUAUAUAAUUUUUAAUUUUUAGAGAAAAUGAGAUAUGUAGGUUGUUAUAAACCUCAAUUUUCUUUCUAAACCUUAUCAUUCUAAUUUUGUAUAAAUUUAAGUAUUUAUUUUUUA